AUGUUUCUCAGAGGUACUCUGCUGGGGAUUAUUCUUUACAGCAUCCUCUGGACAGAAACUACUCAGGCUGGCUCUAGCUUCUUAAGCCCUGAAUAUAAAAAAGCACAGCAACAAAGGGACCAAAAAAGCCCCAGACCACAAUUACAACGUCGAGGCACAGAAGGCUUUUGGGCUACAUAGGAAGCAGAGGCAGAAGAUGACAGUAACAGUAUUGAAAUUAAGUUUAAUGUUCCCUUUGAAAUUGGUGUCAAGAUAACAGAAGAGGAGUAUCAAGAAUAUGGACAAGCACUGGAGAAGAUGCUAGGAGACAUGCUUGAAGAGAACACUAAAGAAACUCAGAUGGAAAACUGAGGCAAGAUGAAGGACA